UUUAACUUGUUACCAGAGUGGCUUCAGGAUCCCUCCUAGCUAUGGCAGCUUGGGUACAGACAGCUUUUCUACUUUUCAGCAUAACGUUAGCAGUAAUAGGCAAAGUGGAAAAAGAGCUUUCUCCAGAGUGCAAAGAAUUCCUCUACAUGGGAACGCCACCGAGAGGACUGGAACACCACUCCGUCCAGUUCAUUUGUCAGUACUACAAUAAAAAGCCACGCUACAUGACUCUGUACAACACUGUGGACCAUAUACCGAUCUACUCUGCCUACAUAUUUAAACGCUCAGAAGGGGAGAAAUGUAUGGAUGUCCCUUGGAUGUACGAACCUCAGCUGUCCACAUCCUCUGAAACAGACGAGAUGCAGCCCUUUCCACGGAGUUACAUGCACAUGAACUUUGAAGAUGCCCAAGCUGUUCUUGACGAUUACACAAAUGCCAUCCUUUACGAGCGCGGCACGCUCAACCCAGACGAGCAUCAGAAUGAACCUGACGACAAAGCAGCUACCUACACCCUCACCAAUGUGGUACCCGUGGUGCCUGAAGUCAACAACCUAAUCUGGGACAAACAGGAACACAUGAUCCGCAAAAGGCUUAACAACUACUGUCGUGGAACGGCUCACAUUGUCACCGGGGUCACCACCUCUGGCAAGAUGAUCCGCCGGGAAAACAUGAACCGCAUUGCAGUUCCCACCUACUUGUGGUCAGCAUAUUGCUGUGUUGACUAUGACCACAACACACCUUUUAAUGACCGUUACAAAUUCCCAUCUUUUGCUUACUAUGGCCUCAACGAGGAUGAGAACAAUGACAUGGUGGAAGUCUCCGUCCAGAAGCUGGAGGACUUUCUCAAGAAGACAGAAUUUGUAAGCCAGAACUUUCAGAUCUUUGUGGGCGACUGCUCCAUACAAGCACCUGAGAAAACUGCAUAG